AUGACCGACGACUAUUACCAAUUACUAUCACCUACAAUACAAGCGAUUACUAUAGUAAUUUGCAUCAUCGGAUUAUUCGGGAAUGUGAAUCUGAUAAUAGCGACAUGUCGGAAGAAGUCUCUGAGGACAAAAAUGGGAUGUCUUUUGAUGAUUUCCACGUUCGCUCACACAAUAUGCCUAAUAUCGGAACUUGUUUGCGCAAAACUCAAAUUAAGAUUCACACGAACCCAUCGCGACGAAUGUUUCCGAUCAGUUAUCGUCUACAUGUUUGCAGUUUUAUUCCAAUCCGUGCUCUUCACAAUGAUGUCAAUCGAUCUGCUUCUUGCCGUUUUUAUGCCAAUCAGGCACAAAUUAUGGCGUCGUGGUCCGUACCUUUUAAUAAUGUGCACACCUCCGUUAGGAUUUUCAAUAUUCGCGCUGUUCAUCGAAGAACUCUAUAUUAAUCAUGACGAUCUUCUAAUAUGUACAGUUACUCUUGCGGUGCCACCACAAGUCAGAUUCUGGGGCACAUUGAUCACGGUGUUCACAAUUAUAGGAUCCGUUAUCAUAGUGUUCAUAACUGCUUGUAAACUACAUUACAAUGAGCGUCAGUCUCAACGACGAAUACUGCGUCAUUCGAGCAGUGUGACGAGCAAUACAAAGUGUAGCGACGCGAAACUUCUCCGUUCCUUGAUAACUAUGAUGUUCGUAUUCGUCUGCUCCUGGUGCACCUCGGUUCUUCUCUCUCAUAUCUCUCUAUACUUCAGCAAGGAUGUCGCCUACGAAAUCCAAAAAUACAAUAUCCUCUUAUCGCUUCCAACAUUCUGCCAAAAUUAUUUUGUCACCGGACUACGGUCGUCAAAGUAUUUCAAAGCGUACGCCGAGCAGGCUCCAUAUAUUACUUGUCUCGUGAAACGGGCUGAAAGGAUCUCGUCUGAAAAAUCUGCCGCCUACGUUUAA